AUGGUUUUCUUUAUAAAUGCAGCUACAACUGUAUUGGAAGUCCCAGAAAAUAUCCGAAUGCGGUUCUCCAGAAACCCAACAUUACAGGAGCUCACUACUGCUGUAGAGUCUCAUUUCACAACUGCAACCGGACACUUAUUUCUUGUAGAUAAGAUGAUGUUAUUUGACGAGUACACAUUUACAUGGAUGGAUCUAUACAGUUCCCUACAGUUAUCCACAGACUGUCAGGUGUAUGUAUUUCACCGCAGUCAACAGCAACAGCAACCAUCAACUCUUACACAGACUCCACCUAUGAGUAUUCCCUCACCUACAAGGACGAUUUCUUGUAAUUUUCCAUUAACGAACACUACCAUUUCUUUUUCUUCUUCUUCUUCAUAUUUGCCUUCUACACCUUGUUGUUAUUGUUGUUGUUCUUCUUCUUGCUCUCAUCAUAAAUGGAUGCAUACCCACAACAACAACAACAAUAAUAAUAAUAAUGAUAUUCUUACCAAGCAUGAGUGUAGGUGCAAAUGCACAGGCAGCGGUAGUAAGAACAUUUCCAACGAUCAUUCCUCUCAAAAGAAAAAGAAUGAUGUGGCUAAACGACGUUGGAGGGCAAUGGGGUUUGGUGAGAAACUCCGCACAACAUUUAAUGAAAUGGAUAUUCAACAGAAAGGCUAUCUUGUAUAUACAGACUUUAAGCGUGUCAUCAAUGCCCAACAGAAAGUUUUUAUUAACCACUCUCCCGAGGCGUUAUUUACAUUGGCUGACAGAGAUGGAGAUAAUUCUGUUUCUUAUAAAGAUUGGGUGGGUUUUGCUACCACACAUCCAGCGGUGAUGGAAUCUCUCUUCACACUUGUGCCUCUACUGCCGUGGUUCUCUGCGAAGAGAAAUCGUUCGUCCUUAAGAGUACUACCGGUUCCCUCAUCACGGGCGAUAUUAGAAUAUGAAGAGGCACGACUUGCAGAAGAUGCCGCUGUUGUGAUGGCUGCUGUUGUGGGAAGGUAA